CCAUACUUGUUUAGGUUGUAAUCUCAAAAAAUGGGCUCGUCCCGGCCCAAUGAAAAAGUGAAACGGCAAACAAAUAAAAUAGACAGCGUAAAGCAUCAACGUGACAAACUGGCUGCCAGGCGCCUUCUUGUAAGAAGGCACAGAACUGAGCAACGAAACCAAAGAGAAGAAGAAGAAGAAGAAGAAGAAGAGAUGAUUUGGACUCGUCAAUUCCUUUGUUGGGUACCGCUGCUUCUUCUUUUGGCCGAAGAUGCCAAAGCAUCCAAUUCAGCCUCUGGUUUCGUACAGAAUGUUAUCUACUCCAACAGGAUCGUCAUCUUCUCCAAAUCCUACUGCCCGUUUUCUGUAAGAGCUAAACGAAUCUUGAAGGAAUUAAAUGAGAAACCGUUGAUCGUGGAACUUGAUCUUCGAGAUGAUGGAUCCCAAAUUCAGGACGUUCUACUGGAAGAAGUAGGCCGUCGAACUGUCCCUCAAGUGUUUGUGAACGGGAAGCAUAUCGGUGGCUCUGAUGAUCUUAGCUCGUCUCUUAGGAGUGGUCAAUUACAGAAGCUUCUUGCCAACGACUGAUGGAAUACCCAGCAGGAGGCCAGACUAUGGUUGUAUAGUAACUUGAUAUGGGUCUUUUCGUUACUGCUUAGUUUAUCACAAGAGGUCAGUGUGAAUUAAGUUGUCUUUUCUCUACCAGCUUCUGGUUAAGUCCUGGUAAAACUUGGUAUUCCCUGGAUUGUUCUUCUUGGAAUGUGUUCGCUAAUGGAAAUGGGGAAGUUUGAAUCCGCCAGUUUAGUUGUCCGUUUAUGCAAUCCAAUGACCAAGUUGAUUGCUGGAUGACAUGCUCCAAAGUAAAUGGUGACCACAUUG